AAAAUGUCCAAUGGCAGCUCCCUCGGCGAUUUCUUCCUCCUGCCAUUUGCCAACAAGCCACAGCUGCAGCUUUUGCACUUCUCACUCUUCCUGGGCAUCUACCUGACUGCCCUCCUGGGCAACAGCUUCAUCAUCGCAGCCAUAGCUUGUGACCACCAUCUCCACACCCCGAUGUACUUCUUCCUCCUUAACCUUGCCAUCCUCGACCUUGGCUCCAUCUCCACCACUGUCCCCAAAUCCAUGGCCAAUUCCCUCUGGAACAUCAGGACCAUUUCCUACUCUGGAUGUGCUGCCCAGGUUUUUCUGGUUCUCUUCUUGUUUGGAGGAGAGUUUUCUCUCCUUACAGUCAUGGCCUAUGACCGCUUCAUUGCCAUCUGCAGACCCCUGCACUAUGGCACAAUCAUGGGCAGCAGAGCUUGUGCCAGAAUGGCAGCAGCUGCCUGGGCCAGUGGUUUUCUCAUUGCUGUGCUACACACUGGAAACAUAUUUUCAAUGCCACUCUGCAAAGGCAUUGUCGUGGACCAGUUCUUCUGUGAAAUCCCCCAGAUCCUCAAACUCUCUUGCUCAGACUCCUACCUCAGGGAAGUUGGGCUUCUUGGGAUUGGUGCCUGUUUAAUGUUUGGGUGUUUCAUUUUCAUUGUGCUGUCCUACGUGCAGAUCUUCAGGGCUGUGCUGAGGAUCCCCUCUGAGCAGGGUCGGCACAAAGCCUUUUCCAUGUGCCUUCCUCACCUGUCUGUGGUCUCCCUGUUUGUCAGCACUGGCAUAUUUGCUCACCUAAAGCCCCCCUCCAUAUCCUCCCCUGCUCUGGAUCUAGUGGUGGCUGUUCUGUACUCGGUGCUGCCUCCAACAGUGAAUCCUCUCAUCUACAGCAUGAGGAACAAGGAGCUGAAGGAUGCACUAAGGAAAGUGAUCUCAUGGAUAUUUUUCAAAAGUAUUAAAAUUGCCUUUGCUCUCCACAAAUGA